CGACCAGAACAUGCACCACACAAGUUCUACUGAAUCUUUUGGGUCGAUGAUGGCAGCAACGACGUUGCCGAGAAACGUCUCGAACGAGUCACUCGGCGGGAUGAUGCCCAGGGCGUACUCGAGCUCUUCAUUGGAUGCUGUGCUGGAGUCUAACGAGGGAUGGCCGGGUGAGGAGGAGGGAGCUCCGGAGUCGACCUCCAACGGAAACCUCGGGGUCGACUUCGACUUCUUGAAUCGAAGUUCGAAUGCUCCGCCGACUCCUCACAACUGGACGGCCACUCCUCGCGCCAUGGCCAUGGAGGGCAGCGGUGACUUGGCCUUUCUCAGCAGGGGCAUCCCAGAAUCGAUGGGCACGAUGCAUGCCGGGCAGCCUACGAUAGAGCAGGGGAAUGGAGUGACGGGCAAGCGCAUGCAGCGCACGCACUCGCACAACAAUCUGGUGCGAGAGGCUGCGCACGGCAACCGAGGCAUGCCUCGGCCUCCCAGCUACGAGAAGCUGAGCAGAGUUUGCCGGUCCGACUUCCCUCAACUGGUGGAGAGCCCACCUCAGCCUCGGAGGUAUUGACGCUGCUAAGACAAGGCAGCAGAGGCUGUAGAGGCGUUGGAGGGAGGAAACUUGUAUAUUCGAUCACCUGAAUCAAGAUAAUGUUAAUCAACCCCGCGGCGUUGACGGACCUCGCGGCAUUCCUACGGGGAUUUUACCUCUUGGGCUGGUUCUUGUUGUGUUAAUAAUGAUAGCGAUAUUGAUUGCUUCAGCGACCCACGUGAUUGCAGUGAAUGAAAGGCAAGUAAGAGAGCAGGAGAUGCUUCUGAAUAAAGUUUUGAGUGAACCAUC